GUCACAAAAACGCAAUUUGUUGUUUUUCGUUCGGUAGAAAUUGAUGUUUAACCUAUUGGGCAUGUCCUCAACGAGCCUUGCACGAGUAAUGCUGUAGGCAUCAUCAAAUCAAUUGAUUUGGAGUAGGAGCGUCUGCCAGGUGUUACACAGAGCUACAGAAACGCACACCGACACAAAGUUUUUUAUGAACGCAAACAUCAACGGAGGAGCUGGUGGUGGCGGUGCCGCUGGUGGUGGUGCUGGUGCUGGUGGUGCUGGUGCUGGUGGUGGUGGUGGUGGUGUUGGGGGUGGGGGUGGUGCUGCUGCAGCUGGUGCUUGCGCUGGCGCUAGUCCUGCGGCCGCUGGCGGUGGUGCAUCAGGUGAACCCGGAGCUGGAGGCAAUGCGAGCGCAUCAACAGCCACAAAUGGCACCGAGGGUAGCACAAAUCUCAAUGAGGAUCAGGAUGCCAAGCGGCGCAAGUGUCUGGAGACAGACGAAGCACAGGAUGGCGCUAGCACCAUGAUUGAUGCGAACAGCGUGCUGAACAAGAUUGCCCAUCUGUAUGCAGAGCAGCUGAUGUCGGACAUUGUGCUGCUGGUGGAUGGCAAGGAGUAUCCGGCACACCGUGUCAUACUCUGCGCCAGCAGCGAUGUCUUUCAAGUGAUGCUCAUGAAUCCGGAGUGGAACGAGUGCAGCAAGCAUGUGAUUGAGCUGCACGAGGAGGCCUGCUGUUCGGCGGUAUUUCCACAGUUUAUCAAGUACUUGUAUGUGGGCCAUAUCGAGGUGACGCUACAGACGGUAAUGCCCAUGCUGGCGCUAUCCGACAAGUACAAUGUGCGGGAUCUCAUCGAGCUGUGCGUGGGCUAUAUGAUGAAGCAUGUGGCCAAGUCGGCGACCAGUGGCUAUUUGGUCUCCUGGCUGCAAUAUACACUAUCGUUUACGCCCACGCAUAAUGAUCUCACCGAGACGCUGAAGCGUUUCCUAAAAUGGAAUCUGGAGAUGGUGGCCGAGUCCAAGGACUUUGUAGAAAUGGAUCCGGCUAUAUUGCAGCUACUGUUGCAGCAGAACGACAUUGUUGUCACCAGCGAGUACAAAUUGUUUACCAUAUUGCAGACAUGGCUGCUCCAUCGUCGCGAGCUAAUAGAGUCCACCGCCGACAUUAGCGUCGACAAAAAGGCAGCCAGCUUCGUGGAGCUGAUCGAGCAGACAGUCAUGCACAUACGCUUUGGCAUGAUGACGCCGAGUGAGCUGGCGCAUCUACUAAUCGUCCCAUUGAUCGACUACCAUAAGGAGUUUCUCGUGGAGCGCAUUGCCAUCGGCAUGAGCUAUCAGUCGGGCCAGGAAGAUCGCGUACGCGAGGUCCGGAGCACAGAGUACGGCGAACUGCAAUUCACACCGCGGCUCUACUGGAACGACACGUGGAGCGUUGGCAUCGAUGUGCACAAUUUUGACAAGAUCGAGGACUACAAGAACUAUGUCACCUGCUUCUUUUCGCAACGCCACAUCGCCGAGACCGAAGACGAUCCCUGCAUGACUUGGGAGAUUGAGUUCUUUCCGCGCGGCGUUAAGUAUAAUAAGGCCAAAAUGGUCUGUGGCGAGGAUGUGCCCGGCUGUUCAUUGAACACGGUGCGGCUCCGAGUCACGUGCAAGCACCAGAACAUUGGCGAGGAACGAUUUAAGAUUGCCGUGCUCAUCGUUGGCGUGCAGAACAAGAUAUCGCAUAUACGCACCGUUGUCGAGCGUACGGAAUACUUUUCGGACAUAGCACGUGUCAUCAAUUUGGAUAACUUGCUGCCGUACGAGGAGCUGGAGCAUACAUCACCCUAUUUGAGCCCCCAUCUGACGGGCAAUCAGCGCAAUACGCUCUCCCUGCACGUUGUAAUUACCCCCAUGGGUCCGCACACCUGUCGCGACACGCCUCCGUUUCAAUUUUGAGCUGAUCAAACCUGAGCACAUGCCCAUCUUCCGAAACACACACACACACACACGAUAUACACUCGCAAAUCUAGUUAUGUGUGCGUGUUUAUUGUGUGCGCUUCGGAAUAUGUGUUUGGAUUUAUGUUAGAUCAAUUCAAAAUUCAUGUAGGAGAGUGUCGCGACAGAUGUGCGCAUAUAUAUAUAUAUAUAUAUAUAUAAAUGAAUAUAUAUAUAUACAUAUUUAUAUGUAUAGCGUUCGCGAAGACAUUAGUUUAUAGAGCCCGCUCAGCCCCUAUAUUAUCCUAGUCGUUUGGAGCGUUGGCUCUUUGACAUGCUCCCACGUGCUCGAAUUGUGUGCAUAAACCUAGCUUUCUCUUCCAUACAAUUAUAAAAAUCCAUUGUAUUAACGAAAAUCAUCUGAAACGCAGAUCGGCGAGGUAAGCGCAUCAGUUUUUCUGCUGUACAAUUACCAGCUUAAGCAUUAUAUAUUUUCUAAGUACCGCUCUACGGCUCUGUAUUUCUGCAAUAUAUUCUGAUUUUAUUAUUAUUAUUUUUUUUUUUAUUAACUAAUAUGUGUUCUAGUUUUUUUUUUUUGGUUUGACUUACGACUUAAGCAAAAGGUUUAGCAAAAAGGCCAUUUACUUGAUAAUAUAUUUGUAGUUGCCUUUGAAGAGCAUGUUUACUGGUCGCAAUGCCAAUAAACAUUGUAACUAGCUAGACUAUUGAACGGACAUUUUUCUAAUAAACGUUGAUUUGUAUAGAAAGAUUCCGAGUUUUAACUUUAAAGUUCUCACAUUUGUUUUUUGUAUACGAAUUCUUUUUAAGACCAUUUUCUUAUGUUACUUUCAAAGUUAAACAGAUGUAAUAGUUUUAAGCUGAUAAAUGUUUACAAGCCAUGUCAAUGUAUAACCAGCCCGGCGUUGCCACACUUGCGCAUUUUGCUACCAAGAGGAUAAAUUCAGUAACAGUUAAUUAACAUGAACUUCGAUCGUAACAUGAGAGAAUGGAGCUUAAUAGUUUUACAACUUCCAAGCAAAUACAAGUCUUUUCUUUAAGUACUAUCCAUUCAAGAUAAUGCCGAACUAUGCAAGGCUGUUGCCAACUUAUGUAGCUAUUACCCUGGCAUUAGAUAAUAGUGCAAAUGCGUAUGUGUAUGUGUUUAUAUAGGUGUAUAUAUGUAUGUAUUCCUAAGGCUUAAGCUUAACUAUUUUACCUACUCUGGUUGUAGUGUAAAUAUCAUGUAUGAAGUUUUAAUAACUACUUGGGUUUUGUUAUAACAUUAUAAAGACAGCUUCAUAAACCGAAAGAUAUAUAAAUUCCGACAUAUAUAUAUAUAUAAAUUAAUAGGUAUUGCGUCAAAGUGCCCAUAGAUAAGAAGAGCAAGGUACAAAAUAGAGAGCGAAAGAGAGAGAGAGAGAGAGAGAGAGAGAGAGAGUGAGCGUGUAAAGAGAGAGAGAGAGAGAAGAUUUGACAGAGAUCGAGAUAUAUGUGUGUAUACAGAGAAAACUAUUUACCCAUAAAAUCAAAAGUUUUUACCAAUAUUAUAUAGGAAUAACAACAAUGUCAUUUUAAAGCAAUAUUCUCAAAUUUGUUUGCUUGUCAAUUGCUUUGAGAAAGAAUUCUGUCAAUUUCUGAAUACGCUCAUAGUCUAGUUUUUGUACCAAUUAACACGGCUAGCUCUGUGCAUGGAAAUUGAAAAAGAAAAAAAAAAAAAAACGACAACAUUAAAGAAUGAAACCAAAGCUGUAUAAUUAUGCAAUCUUUAUUAGUAACUGUGCUUUCAUAAUAAUCAGAUUUAAUUUAUCAAGCUGCAAAUUCAAAAAUUUACAAAAAAAAAAAACAAGAGAACUU